AUGAGCGGAGCUAUCGGAAACAUGGCCUUCAUGUUCGGCGCCAUGCAGGUCGCCAAGCGAAUCCCUUUCGACGAUAAGCCAGAGUACAUCACAUACGCACGUGCUGGUUACGUCGCUGUCCAACUCCUCUGCUUGGCCGUCUACUACUACUGCUCCAUCCGAGUUAAAAAAGCCAACGACCUUACCGUCAUCAAGUACGUCAACGCCAAGAACCCCAUGUCGCAGGAACCUGGCGAGCUCGUCACCACCACCAGCCGUGACUACGACCUUGCCGAAAUCUCCAAAUCCACUCGCGGUAUCUUGAUGGGUUGCGCUAUGGUCGGAUUCAUGCAUCUCUACAUGGGAUACACCAACCCUCUUGUCAUCCAGUCGAUUCUGCCAUUGAAGAACGCACUGGAAUCCAACAUGGCCAAGAUCUGGGUCUGGGGCCAGCCUGCUACGGGCGACUUGAAGCGUCCUUUCAAGGCUCCCCCUGGUUUAUUCGGUGCUGCUGGACAGGCUGGUCCUCAGACCGACAAAGCUGCGAUUAAGCAGGCUGAGAAGGCUGGCUCUGGUAAGAAGGACGAGUAA